AUGGACAAGAACUUCAGGCGCAAUGCCCGAAUGACCAAAGACUCAUUCAUCAAGUUGUAUCACCUUGUCAAAGAUCAUCCCAUCUUCUACAACCGAAGCCGCAAUCCCCAGGAAGACCCAGCAUUCCAGCUGUAUGUUUGUCUGGUCAGAUUAGGCCGACGCGGCAAUGGAAUGUCUCAUGGCGAAGUUGAGGAGAAGUGUGGUGUCAGUCCUGGGACGUCUCUCAACUACACACUCCGCACAAUCGAGGCCAUCAACUCUGUUCUAUCGGAUCGUCUGUCAUGGCCAAACACCGCCGAAAGAGAGCGCCUUCGGAGAGCACUGGGGGAGAAGUCGCUCUUUGGGCAUUGCGUCGGCUAUGUCGAUGGUACGCUCAUCGAACUGGAGUACCGUCCGGCGCGGACAGACCAGAGUACAUUCUAUGGGCGCAAGAACAAGUAUGGCUUCAACGUCAUGGCCGUCUGCGACAUCAAUACUCGGGUACUCUAUUUGAGAACGGGUUUUACAGCCGCCGUUCAUGAUCAACGAGUUCUCAAUAGCUGUCAGCUCGUCCAGGAGCCGCUUCUAUUCUUUUCCCCUCGAGAAUAUAUCAUUGCGGAUUGCGGCUACACACCAUCGGACAACGUCAUCCCCAGCUUCAAGCGUACACGCGGCCAAGCACUUGCUGACAACGCACUAUCUCAGAUGCAAACUGCGUUCAACAGUCUGGUAAAAAGGCAGCGGGUAGUCAUCGAGCACUGCUUUGGCUAUAUCAAGGUGCGCUUCCAGAGCCUGAAGCUGCUGCCGUGUCAGCUCCAGUCCGAUGACAAUCAUCUCAACCGUGUGGCACUCUGGAUACGGGUAUGCUUUCUACUUCACAAUUUCCUUUUGGAUGAGGAGGGAGACGAAUUUUGGAGUGAUAUAGACAGGCCCCGUUUCAAUCAAGAGGCGGCAGCGGAAGCGGCGGAGCAUGUGCAAGUGAUGGCUGGGGCUGAGGCGCGCAUGACAGAGGGUGACAGGCGCGGGCAUGGAGUCAGAAGGAUGGAGCUUGUGCGAGAAAUAGAGGAGCUCCAGGGGUACGGGCGAAACACGAUAUAUGAUGAGGGGAUAUUUGACGAUGCGUUUUAG